GGAGUAAGAUUCUGCAGGUGCCUUCGUCUCCAGGUGCAGAUAACAACAUGCGCGCACCAAUGGACUCCCGAGUUGCAGAGAUGGCGGACGCGAAAAGAAAGCCAGACAUUAUCACCAGCUUUAUAAGAGGGCUACUGUCGUAUAGAAGAAUGGUGAGGAAGAAAGAUCUAGGGAAGGUAUUCUUCAUCUAUCUGUGUCUCUUCUCCGUGUGCCCCGCCCACCCAUGUGGGGAAAACCCACUUCGAGGAUUCAUGUCUUUAUCCAGAAUUACAGGCAAGAACGUCAACCACCUUCUUGGCAUUCUACGCUCCGCUAACACAGACCUAUACGGGCGGUUGGAGCGAAACUGGCAGUUAUACGCCAACUGCGUUGGAAUGGUAGAUACUGGCUACUUUAAACGAUCCGGAAGUGCCGCAAAGAAUGCUGGGAUUGCAAAUCAAGUGACCCGGAUAUUGCCCAUUCAAGUUCUGUCUCCCGAUGACCUUAUGUAUUACGAUAGAAGCAACACUGAGGAUGACAGUUUGUUGUAAGCUGCUUUUGGCUGUCAACGUAUAUCAUCAUGGCGGAACUGGUAAAGCAGGAAGUGACGUCAUACUUCCGGCACAAAGCGCAUGUCAAGAAAGGGGUGUAUUGAGGAACAUUUUUCUGAGAUACUUACAAUUUAUUUCUUCAGUCAUUUUGAGGAUGUAUCAACAAUGCAUUGUGGCGUUCCUCAGCAUGCUCUUAUAUUGUAUCAAGACAGCCUACUGUAGAUAUUUCUAUGGACUCAGCGGAACCGGAAGUAGCCCAAAGCAGUGGUCGCAGUGAAUAUGACAGGACCGAAGUGAAUGUGUGCCCAACAGGAUUUGGAUAAAACAUUUUACAAUAGUCUUUACUUCUUCCUUGGUCACGAUUAAGAUCUAUGUUUGUUAACACGUAACUAAUCUGUGUUCUUUCAGUGUCAUUGGAAAUUGGGGGCUUAAAUGAAGUAAAGUAUUCGAACAUUU